AGAAAAAAGCUCAGGAGGUCAGAUUAAUAGACCACGAAACAGUAACGGUAUUUCAUGAGCCAUACAUAGGUUAUGUAGAUUGUAUAUGGAAUGAUUCAGGAAUUCAAGAAUGUUAUGACAGAAGGAGAGAAUACCAGCUCACAGAUUCAGCAAAAUACUACCUUAGUGAUUUAAAGAGAAUUUCAGAUUCAAACUAUAUACCUACGGAACAAGAUGUACUCAGAGUACGAGUACCCACAACAGGAAUCAUUGAAUAUCCGUUUGAUCUAGAUUCAAUUAUUUUCAGGAUGGUCGAUGUUGGAGGGCAGAGGUCAGAACGACGAAAGUGGAUUCACUGUUUUGAGAAUGUCACAUCUAUAAUGUUUCUAGUCGCCUUAAGUGAAUAUGACCAAUUGCUUGUCGAGUCAGAUAGUGAGAACCGAAUGGAGGAAAGUAAAGCACUGUUUCGAACCAUCAUCACGUAUCCCUGGUUUCAGAAUUCAUCUGUGAUUUUAUUCCUCAACAAGAAGGACCUACUGGAGGAGAAGAUCAUGCAUUCACAUCUUGUAGACUACUUUCCAGAAUUCGACGGACCGUCAAGAGAUGCAACAGCAGCGCGAGAGUUCAUCUUGAAGAUGUUUGUUGAGCUGAAUCCGGACAGUGACAAGAUCAUCUACUCGCACUUCACAUGUGCGACCGACACGGAGAAUAUCCGAUUUGUGUUCGCUGCCGUCAAGGACACCAUCCUCCAACUGAAUCUAAAGGAGUACAAUUUGGUGUAGCAGCCGGCAAAGACUGUCAUUGCUGUGUCCACUCUGCCCGGCUGGCAUGGGCUCCUUUUUGGCCUAGCAAGUAAUAAAUUGACCUGCCCUCUGCUGGCCUGUGUCUCAUUGCCCAGUAGUUGUGGUUGAUUUACCCUAUCAGUACACAGAAAUCAAACGAAAGACAAUUUUUUUGUAUUGGGGACGUGCACUAUCGACUUGUACCUGAGAAGACCGUGCAUUUUUUCUUUUUGUCUUACGUGUUGGGCGAGAGCUCUUGUGUUAGGAAAUCAAACUAGGAAUUAAUUAAUUGUUAUCAAUGCUGAAAGCUAGUGGAUGUGUUGCAACAGUGAUGGUGUAUUGAAGACAUCGUGGAAAGCUCGUCUUUUUUUUGGAAGGAAGCCCAUGCAGUACUGCUGGACCCCUGGCUGGCUUGUAGCUCCACCCUAUGUCACGUUUAGCAGCUACUAGAGGAAAAUUUGCCUUGUUUGCUAUUUAUGCAUGGAUCAAACACAUGGAUCGCCAACACAGCUGGAUAAGCUAGAAAUUUGUGGAAGUAUCAAUAUCAACAAAAUCCUUCUCGCCUUGAUAAUGUUCCUGUUCUUAUGAGUUGAGAUCAUCUGUUGGAUAUGUUAACAACUAGCAAAGCCAAGCUGCGCCAGCGUCGCAAUACCUUCUUGCUUCUCUUGCCAGGGCGUGGACAAGUAUGAGAAAACUAUUGAUUCCUCUGGAUUGUGGAACAGUUCGAGCAGGAAAUCCAACCAGAUGAAACAAGAGUACAGAAUGAUGGAUUGAUUUGUGUGUUCGGCCAGUAUAUGAUGGCUGUGGAAAAAUUGUGGUCUGGAAAGGGAAGAAUUUAUUUUGAAGCAGCAACUCACUGCCGUAAGAUGACUUUGAAAACUGCCUGUCUCUUACUCUAGCAAUGUUUCUUUAUUAUUCUCAUUCACUGUGAAUCUGUCUUCUACAUAUCUAUUCCAUUUUCAUCCUUGACCUUACUUUCUCCUUUCUGUCAUUCUUCUUCUCUCUCUCUCUCUCUCUCUCUCUGAGACUUUUCUCCUUCUUGUUUUCCUUCCCUUUCUGACUCCAUUUGCUGAAUAUGUUCAAAAUCUACAACAAAAAUACAGCAAGCCAGCAUUUUUUGACAGGAAUGUAUGAAAGUUUAUGCUGAAGUUGAAUGGAAACUGACCACAUUCUUUCAAGAAGCUUUAUGUUGCGAUUUUUGUAUAAAUUUGCAUUUAUUUUCCAUCUGUGCAGCAAGCAAGUAGUUGGCAAUAGGUGAGUUACAGCUUACAUCGACCCGUGUUUUUGCUUCACUAGGGGAGGUGUAAAUUGUUAAUGUCAGUCAGUCAGUCAGUGUGAUAGUUGCCAUCCUUACACCUUGAUCUGCCAACUUACUGGCAGAGCAUUUGGUUUCUCAACAAAGAGAAGAGGACAGAAGAAAGAAGACGACCAUUCGUUCAAAUUUAAUAAAAAUCAACACAUUCAAUUUGCACAAUUUUUAACAUUUUUCAUUUCUUUUUAUAUAUAUUAAUCUAUAUAUAUGCAUUAUCAAUGAAAUUAUUUCUCUAGAUCAUGCUUAAAAUAACAAAGAUUUAAUCACUUUUGCCAGUCCCAGUGUUUAGGAAGCACUUCUAGGUUGUAACAAGACUUCUUAACUAACCACUGUGUGCUAUUCUUUGCUAAUUUUAUCACCUGUGUUUAUAAGCUUAUUUUGUCCCAGAAGGAGAGAUAUGGUGAAUGCCUGGGACUUUGUACAAAAUGGCAGCUGACUGCAUUUUACAAACAAAAAGUGUAUCAAAAAUAAGCAAAUUUAGCUCAUUUUUUCAUGAUUUAUCUUUAUCAACUCUACACAUUUCAUGCAUCAAAAUGUUUUUUGUUAACUUGAGGAAGUGAGUAAUCUGAUGGUGAGAGCAUUUAGUCAAACAAUUAAUACAAUUUUCUACAUCUGCUUCACAAUCUCAAGUCUAAUUUUGUGGAUAGUUGACAGAAUUUUCCAUGUAGUGUGGGACGUAGCCAUGAUAAGAAAGGAGAUUGCGCCAAAAGGUUGCCUGUCUUGUUUACUUUGCUGUUUGCUAUAUUAUGAAUCAUGGCACUUUAUUUAAGAAAACAACCUUUGUUCUUUUUCUUUUUUUACAUCAUGUUUCAAACAUUUCCAUUUUGUUUGAGGGAAGAAUAAUGAAUCUAGUACUUAGCAAAUGUAAAUGCACUUUUCACAUUACCUCCCUCUUUUAACAAUUUUCAUUGAUAAGUGACUGAUAUUUUGAUGUUUAGUAAAUUAAAAUGAUUGACAUGAUUUGUGCUCCCAAGGAAUGGAUGAGGAAAUACUAUUUAUUAUUAAGGCAAUGUGUUGCUUCUUCUUGAACACAUCUGAAAUGGAAACAAAUAUGACAGGUUUGUCUGACUCUUACC